CCUGCGCCACACACCCCCUCACAACCAAACGCAAUAUCGCCCAGCCCCUCUUCCUCCUCGACGCGCAGGCCCCAGGGAAAAAGAAAAACUCCGUUGGAGAAAAGUCGCGUGCCGUCUCCUCUCGCCCACAGCCCGUUGGCAGCAAUGGCACAAGAGAGCUGGAAGGAGUCUGAGGAGACUGUCCAAACACCUGAGGCACCAAUAUUGUGUGUAAACAACUGUGGCUUCUUCGGUAGCAGCAUGACAAACAACAUGUGCUCCAAGUGCUACAGGGACUUCAUUAAGGCCACUACAAUGGCUGCCCCUGUAGUGGAGAAGGUGUUCUCAGUGGCAUCAUCUUCCAGUGUGACCUUGGAGCAAGCAGAGGCAGACGAAGUACCAGCCGCGGCUGUAGCUGAUAGCCAAGCAGCACAGGAGCCUCCAAAGCCGCCCAGCAACAGAUGUCUUUCAUGCCGCAAGAAGGUGGGCUUGACUGGUUUCCAGUGCCGGUGCGGGGGAACAUUCUGCGCCAUGCACCGCUACGCUGACUCCCACGAAUGCACCUUCGACUACAAGAAGGCUGGCCGGGAGCAGAUUGCCAAGCAGAACCCUGUUGUGAUAGCCGAGAAGAUCAAUAAGAUCUGAUUGAUAGUCUCACCGGGUUCAUUUGCUUGCUAUUUGUGGUGGUGCCGGAGUCGUCUUUACUUGAAUCAGUAGGUUUCUUCUGGUCUGGACUAGGUUGCCAGGGUCUCAAUUGUGUCUAUCCUUCUCCUUCAUGGUUCGCUUCUCUCGAUUAUGAAUGAAAUGAAAUAAUGUAAAUAUAUAAUAUUCUAUUGUUUUAGCUGUUCGUUUCGGAUAUUGCUUAUUGCUCCUUGCUUAUCAGUAAAGUUUCAAGCCCUCA